CCACGUGCGCUCCCCGAGGAACCACCGGCUCCACCAAAAGCACCGGAAAAACGUGAUCCUCUUAUUUGGCUGGCUGAAUUACAACGAACGGACGGGUCCUGGACUUUGGAUAGCGAACUGGCCAGUUGUUUGAAUGUGGUGUUCACUGCACUCCGUGACGGCAUGCCCAAAGCUUGGGAUGCAAAAACCUCGAAGGGACCUGUGUCGGAAACCGCCUGGGCUACCGCUCUGGUAUUGGCCUAUUUUGAAAAUUUCUUGGCUUCUCGUUCCGACGAAUGGAUCCUGUUGGCACGCAAAGCAAAAGCCUGGUUGACGCAACAGGCCCAAACGGGGACUGACGACAGUAACAAUGCGAAGAAAAACGCUCUAACCUUAAUCGCCGAGGCCACAAAGAUUCUACAGUCGAAUCAGUCUUAA